UGCUCUGAGUGUGGGAGAAAAUUUGGCACCAAGGCACACCUGAAGAGACACAUGAGAAUCCACACAGGAGAGAAGCCUUUCAGCUGCUCUGAGUGUGGUAAAGCUUUCUCUGAUAGUGGAACCCUGAAGAAACACAUGAGAACUCACACAGGAGAAAAGCCUUUCAGCUGCUCAGUCUGUAAGAAAUAUUUUACACAGAGAGGAAGUUUACGGUCACACAUGACAGUCCACACAGGAGAGAAAAGAUUCAGCUGCUCUGAGUGUGGGAGGAGAUUUGGCCAAAGGGGAAAUCUGAAGAGACACAUGAAAAUCCACACAGGAGAGAAGCCUUUUAGCUGCUCAGUUUGUAAGAAAUCUUUUACACAGAGUGAAAAUUUACGGUCACACAUGAGAACUCACACAGGAGAGAAACCUUUUAGCUGCUCUGAGUGUGGUAGAGCUUUCACUGAAGGUGGAAACCUGAAGAAACACAUGAUGACUCACACAGGAGAGAAGCCUUUUAGCUGCUCAGUUUGUAAGAAAUCUUUUACACAGAGUGGAUAUUUACAGAGACACAUGAGAAUCCACACAGGAGAAAAGCCUUUCAGCUGCUCAGUCUGUAAGAAAUCUUGUACAGAGAGUGGAAGUUUACGUUCACACAUGGUAGUCCACACAGGAGAGAAAAGAUUCAGCUGCAGUGUUUGUAACAAAAGAUUUGCUUGAAACAGAAGCUGAUGGAGAUGUGGAGGACCAGAGCCAACCAGGAACUCACAUCAACAUCCACUUUUACAACCAGAGACUGGAGACCCUUCUGAACCUGAGACUGGUGACUAGGGAUAUCACGAGAACCAAUACUACCGAUACCUUCCGGUUCUAAAAUGACAAAACACAGACGAUGCCCAUUUUUUUUUAAGCACCGUAGGCAUCGUUGGCGUAAUGCCAGUGUUAGCAGCAUCGGUGCUGCGCCUCUUCCGGUACAGAUUGGGGCAGUAUACGCUUCAGAGUGUUCCAGUUGAUACAUUCAGAAGUAGGAGGUCACGAACAAGUGGCCGAAGUCACUAGGGCUGUGCUCGAUUAAAGAAAUUCUUAGU